AUGGCGUCCCUUCUCAUCGUUGGCGCCCUGAUAAUUAUCAGGGCCGUUUCAGCGACACCCACUGUCAGUCAUCGAACUCAUGGAUAUUGCAAGCAACUGGACAUUCCCUUGCCUGUCACUGCGGAAACCGCCGUCUACGACAUACCCAGAGUAGACAAUGAUAUCGAAGCGGCCGCCUGGGCAAUCUACGACGCCACUCGAACUACGGCCCAUGGCCCCCAGAACAUCAUCAAGAACACUACGACUUCUGGCACUUUCAAUAUUCAUGCCCAGCUGUGCAUCCCCAAUGGCGCCCAAAAGCACAAGAACAAUACCUUGCAGAUCGCCACCCACGGAGUCCAUUACGAUUCCCGAUACUGGGAUUCGACGUACAGGCCUGAGAAGCACUCUUAUGUGGAGGCAUCUCUCAAGGCAGGAUACUCGAUCCUCACGUAUGACCGCUUGGGAGUGGGCGAAUCUGACCACCCGGACGCAUACGACGUCGUCCAGGCUCCACUGGAGCUGGAGAUCCUCCGCCAGUUGACCCUGAUGGCCCGCAACGGCACCCUGUACGACUUUGCCAGCCAUGCUGCGCCCUCCGAUGCUGCUUUCUCUCAGUUGGAGGUCCCGCACAAAGUCGUUCACAUCGGACAUAGCUUCGGAUCUUUCCUUACCUCUGCCUUCAUUGCCCGAUACGGCCCUCUUACCGACGGGGCGAUCAUCACGGGUUAUCUCUUCACGGACCAACUCGCCAGUGCUGGUUCCACAUCGUUCAGCGUUGAAUAUGCUGCAACAGGAUCACCUCCAUUCAACCGCUCCAGUGGCUAUGUUGUGUGCCAGAGAGACGGUAUCCAGAACAUCUUCUUUGGGGGCAAUCCCAAGACCGCCUUCACCCCAGAGCUUCUUAACUACGGCAUCAGCAUCAAGCAGCCAGUCCCCAUCGGAGAGUUCGCUUCGGCCUUUUCUCUCCUUGGCAACCCCGGGCCAUCAUUCAAGGCUCCCGUCCAGUUUUUCUUGCCCGAAUUCGACUUCUACAUCUGCCGUGGCGAUUGUAGGGGUCUGGCGAAUAUGACGGCCUUGAACGAGACCUACCCCCAUGCCACCGCUAUUGAGGUGGCCCUCCAGCCCAACACUGGCCAUGCAUUGCCAUUGCACAACAAUGCCACGGCAGGCUUCAACGUCAUGUUUGACUUCUUCGCCAGACAUGGCCUCUAG